AUGCCGAUACCAGCCGGAGAGCGAAGCCAGGCCGAUAUCAACGAGAUCUUCGAUGCGGAGGAUGUGGACGUUGACACUGGCAAUUAUAUACUGAGCGUCAUGCACUGGCGAAGAAUGUCUGGAGCAUUGAUCGAUACAGGACUGGAUUUCCCGAGGGAAAGCGGCGUCAGUCGUGCGCAAGCAUUGAGAGGACUGUUGUACGUCCGCAGUCUGAUUCCAGAUGUAGACGAGGCUGCCUUGGGUGCGCUGUGGGCGGAAGAAGAGUCGAAGAAGGCGGCGAAGGAGAUACAAGAUCGUGCGGUAAAGCUGGGGAUUUACAAGCCGUUGCCAGAGGAGGAAGCUUCGGGCGAAGAGCAGGAAUACAUCGAAGAGGCAGAAGAGGAGAAGCAAGGCACGGAAUAUGGACGGGAAAAGAGUGGGAGGAGUGUGUUUCAGACCGUGCGAGAGGCGAAUGAAGCUCGUGCCAAACGAGAGCAGGCAGAGAAGGUGGCCGCCGAACUUCGCGAGGAGACUGCGGCUAUCCACAGGACAAGAGGACCGCUUGAGCUUGGCGCUGGCGUACAGCCGACUGCGAAUCACCUUGUCGUUGCCAGAGACGAUCAAGGUGUCGCCAUCCACCAGCCUACGAAGAAAGCGUGGCUUCAGCCAUACGAGCGGAAAGCAUGGGUCAAGCAAUACGAAGAGGACGCACAGAUUCUCAAGACGGAGAAAGCACCAGAGCUCAGCACAUCAAGGCGCCUCGUGCCUCCCUUCCUGUUCUUGCUUGCGAUCCUCGCAGGCUGCUUCUACCUCCACGAGAAUUACACGCCUCCCCCGAAAUCUGCUCGGCUCAUGCCCGACUCUCCACCAUCUGCAGCGACACUCUGGGCUCUGACAGGAGUCCUGGUAGCUGGCUUCGUCCUCAAUCGCGUCCCACCUUUAUGGCGAACAUACAGCAAAUACCUCACCAUCGUCCCAGCCUACCCCUGGGCAGUUAGCAUCCUCGGCGCCGGUUUCCGCCACGACACUCUCCGCCACUUGGUCGUCAACCUCGUCCCACUCUGGCUCUUCGGCCUCCUCCUCCACGAGGACGUUGGCCGGGGCACCUUCCUAGCAAUCUACCUCGCCUCAGGCACAGUCGGCGGCUACGCUAGUCUAGCCACCAACGUCCUGCGCAAGAAUUGGGCCUCCUACAUUUUCGGCUCGUCCGGCGCAGUCUUCGGCGUUGUAGCCGCAAGUUGCUUACUUCGACCGAAUGGGACGGUGAAAGUCGCGGGCUAUGAGGUGCCGAUUUCGGCUUGGGUGUUUUUGGCUUUUGCGGCGACGGCUGAGGUGGUUUCGGCUAGAUUCAUGCCGAUGAAGGGGGUAGAUCAUCCGGGUCAUUUGGGUGGGAUCGCGGCGGGAGCGGCCAUGGCGAUGUAUUUGAGGAUGAAGGCGAGGGAGAGGGAGGAGUUGAAACAGGACGUUAAGAUUGAGGAUGGAGAGGAGAUCGUAGGCAGUUGA